CUUGUAUAAUAAACUAUGCCAGUAGGCUCAUUCACACCAGAACACUUUCUGGUGUUUUUGUUUUUCAUUCAAUUCAUCGAUUUGAUAGGUGCGGGUGCGGCGAGAUCCAGGUAGACCGUGAUCGUCGUUGGCACUCUUGCCUGAGAAGAUGAUCGUCUGCGUCGCCGUCGUCGGUCACCAGAACAAUCCGCUAUACAUACAGAGCUUCACAGAGGCUGAUGAUGCUCUCAAGCUUCAUCACAUCGUUCAUUGCUCUCUCGAUGUGGUCGACGAGAGAGUGAACAAUCCUAAGAAAUCUGGGCCGAUGCUGAAUGAGACGUUUCUGGGACUGCUUUAUCCUAUUGAAAAUUACAAAGUCUAUGGGUAUCUGACUAAUACAAAGGUGAAGUUUAUCCUGGUGACCACGGAUCUGGAUGUUAAAGAUGCAGAUGUAAGAAAUUUUUUCAGGAGGUUCCAUGCUGCAUAUGUAGAUGCAGUCUCAAAUCCAUUCCAUGUGCCCGGUAAGAAGAUAACCUCCAGAACAUUUGCCGAAAGAGUGAGCACAAUUGUCAAGUCAUUUGGUUUGAGUUCGGCUGGGUGAACAUCUCUAACUGGUGCUAGUCCUUCGUUGAUGUCUGUUACAGAACUUUACUAUUAUUAUUUUGUCUUGCAAUUUUAGUUUUCCUUAGGAAUUGAAUUUUAUCGUGGUAAAAUGAUUAGGAUAAUUUUGAACAUAAUUCAAUAUUCAAUAUAUAAUAUUCAAAAUGAA